AAACGGGUUAGCCAAGCGACAAUCGAACUAAACAAAAAACAAUCGCAUGGUUUAUUUAAGAACUUCACAAAAUUAUAAUUUUGAAAAGUGAUGUUUAAACGAAAAUAAGUUUCAAUCGAAAUGGCAUCAGUUUGGGAAAAAAUAGUCUAUAAAAUAUUUCAAUAUGCCCCCAGUUUAGUCGUGUGCCUGAGUUUUUUACCCUCUGGUCUGGUAUUUGGUUACACCAUUUCAUCAUUUGUAGCUGAACGAAAUGUUAAUUCCGGUUUAAUUGUUUAUGGACCGAUGAUUUUGGGGGCAUGUGUUGGAUUUGUUGCAGCUUUAACAAUGUUUAUGGUUAAAUUUUUCCGUUCUCGGAUAAUAUUUUGGCAUACAGAUAUACUCUUGGUGGCGGCUUCAUUUCACUUAAUAUCAAGUUGUUUCUAUUUUGCUGAUGAUUUCGAUAAUGUUGGUGCUUUUAUUUCAUAUUUGGCACAUAGCUUAACAUUUCUGGCUGGUCUUAGUUUCCUACAUUCGAUAUGCGGAAAAAGUUGCCGUGCCAUACUUUUGUCAUUAUGCUUCAGUUUCUACAUAUUGGGCAUGGCAUCAGCAGUCAGCUUAAUUGGCACUUCGUAUAACAAAAAUAUUAUGGAAAACCGUACAGGAACUGAUGAGGAACUUACCCAUGGUAUUUAUGUAGAUUUUGCAGCAGUAUAUCUUUCCAUAGCAGUUGUUGCCCUGGCUCUAUUAAUUGGUUUGAAGGUACUCAGCUAUUUGGGCACAGUUGACUGUGAGAAUAGUAUGGACAAUGAAUUUCGUAUUGCGAAUUCCAAUGGCAGCGUGUUUUAUAAGAGAGAUGACAUCAUCAAGAGAAUAGAAUUCUUUUACGUUACCAAAAAUCAGCAGUGGAAUGUUACGCUGCUUCUAAUAUUCACAGAGGCGAUUCAAUACUCAUUGUUUAUUUAUUUUGUAUUCUGGUUUUCAUUAAAUUCAGCAGUACGAUUAACUGGUGUGUCCGAUGUUGAUUCAAUGUUUUGGAUUGUGUAUGCGGGAACUGUCAUCAGCCCAUUUUGCUUAGCAUUCUGCUCGGUCAAAGUAACAUUUGUGGCUAAUCAAUUGUGCUUGAUUGUACUUACUAUCUUGAGCAUGAUCAUUUGCAGUUCGGUGAAGACGACAGUACCGUUUUGGAUUAUAUUAUUCUUUUUCGGAAUGACUUUUUCUAACUUGCAAAUUCUUCUGGUCGAAGUUUCGCAUUUUCUUUAUAUGGAGCUGCUAAUUUAUGUCUCAUAUGCCUGCAAAUUACUGUCGACUUCAAUUGUCUACUACUAUUUUGUAUCAAACUCCAAAAAUUCGUAUUUUUAUUCUACGGACAUUAGUACUUUAAUGUCGCAGGGAUUCGUUUACAUCAUUAUUGCUUCCCUUUUGGCCUUGGUGGUGGGUAUGAAAGUUCCUCGCACACAUAAAACAUCUUUAUUCGAAAUACAAUACGGCUUGCUGGGUAUAAUAUUCCAGAAACAUCAGAUAGAACAAUUAAAUGUGAGAUGUUUAAAUGACGGUACCAUUCCAACAAUAAGUAAACCACCUCAGUUUUAAAAAUGAUACCAGCUUAGUUGCUAUUGUAAUUAUUUUAGGUAUUCUAUGUAUAUGAUUUUAAAUUGGUACACAUUUAGUGUACGUAUGUAUCUUAAUUAAGCAAAAAAUAUUACAUACUUAUUUUUUUGUUUAAGUGUAAUAAAAGGUAAAGAAUAUAUUAAAAAAA